ACUAAUUUGUAUCGCCUACAUAGAUCUUGGAUAUGGGAGCAUAAUCCCGCCCUUAACUUUCACUAUAGCAUGAAUGAAUUGAUGCUUGCUAAACACAUUUGUGACCUAAAUGGUCCCUCAUCAUAUAGAUCAGCAGUUUGCAUAAUAGUUAGUGUUGUUAGAGACUAAUUGCAUCCGAUAAAAAAAAUGAGGCUUGUAGAUAAAUUGGAGGUAACAUGUAAUUUGAACUUUGUGGUAGAUUAUAUGAAAACCAGACAUACAAGCAAGCCCUUCUUCUGCUUUCUUUUUCGAUCUCUAUUUACCUUUUCUUUUUUAGCUUGUCCAAAUGGAGUUCUUUUUAUGCUAUUUUAUGUUGUUUAUGAUGGCCCAUCACCAAAUCAUCUCCUUUUUGCUUUUUGGAUCAACGCAUCCUAGACUUCAUUGGGCUGUAACUUCCUGAACUAGGGCCUGAUUUUGGUAUACCUCAAUGUCAACGAUUACUGCGGCAGAAGCUUCUUUCAGUUCUGAGUGACUCUGGCAAAAAAUCCUCAAUCAUUGAUCAUAUAUCCAUAGUGAGGAGAUAUGCUGCUGAAUUGUCCCAUACAAUUCCAGUAUCAUCUGAUGAUGAAGCACUUUCAAAAGCCAACAAAGAGAAAUGAUAAAGUACAGUUUAUCUGGACGCAAUUUGCAGAGUUAUAUGCAUAUCUCAGGAAGCAAGCAGAUGAGCCUGAGAAGCUAAAUAAAAAGUUGGCAGAAAUGAUAGCAUUGCUGACGUGUGAGAAAAAGUCUACUAGCAGAAAAAAUUUCAAAUAUGAUAUCACCCCUGAACUGAAGGACAUUCUGAGCCACAUGAAUCGUAGAGUCAGGAGCAUUUACUCCAAUCUUCCUCUAAAUGCAAUGCUUAUUAUUUGCACUGGUCAUGGAGACACUGCAAUAGUUCAAAGAGUGAGGAAAAUCUUGUCGGAGCAGACGGAUGCCUCAAUGUCCCGUGAGAAUAUUGUUAAAGUCUUGGAAGAGUUGCAGGCACAAGCUGAAGUUGGUUUGUGCUUUGUAGGUGUCAAACACUGAUCACAUCUGUUAUUUUACAUUAUAUUCUACAAAUUAUAGUAAGCACCUUUAUAACCCAGUUUAUCAGGGUAGAAUUAGACUAGGAAGUUGCGAAAUGAAGCGACUUCCUAUGAGGGAAAGUUUUGAUGUAAAGGUAGUUGCAAACUAGUAUUUUAAAGGUGUCUUAUUGCUUUUCAUUGGCUAUGGGGCAGUUAAUGAGGAGCUGAACCACAUAUUAGAGUUGUAUGGCCAACUUAUUAUACUUUUUCUAUGUUCUUGGCUAUUUGUAGGUUAUAUGCUAUAUUAAAACCUGUGUCA